GCCUGUUUUCGAAAUUAAAAAUCAGCGGGCAAAAUCCAAAUGGCAUUCGUAGGGUACGACAACCAAACAGUCAUUCUGUACGUGAACGCGAACGCGUGCGGUGUUAUUACUUUGUUCUAGUCGACAAAAUAUAAAUCGUAAGGACAUAUAAUACAUACCUAGCUAAUUGGUAAACGAUAUAGACAUUUAUUAUAAAUAAAACAAAGGUGUGUUAGUGAUAGUAAAUAGCAACGAUGAUUAUGCGUAUAGUGAUAACGAUCACAGUGGUGUGUCUCGCGAUUUCGAGUUUAUCUACGGCGACGGCGGAAGCGGAAGCUAGUCUACAACAGUCAGCGGAGGUACCGGAAACGAACGUACAGCAGCAAAACGUCGUCUCGGACGACGAAGGGAUUAAAAUCAACGUGUCUGCCAUUGCCGCCAGGUUCAUCAAAGAUUACGUGACUCCAACAUUAUGCUCAUACUCACCAGGAUUUUGUGCCAAGCACCAACUAGAGAGCAGAGAUAUCAAAAGCUAUUUGGCCACUGCCGGAACAUUAUUCGCGGGAGUGUUGGGCGUUAUGAUGACUAAAAUCACAGUUCUGAUUGUUCUAUCGGUGCUCUCCACAGUCAUCGGAAAAUUGCUGCUACUCUACGCAUUCUUCAAGACCGUCCACACCAUACCACACCACGACCAUCACAGCUACAAGUCAGCCCACCACAACGCACAGCCGUUCGUCAAGUAUACCAAGGACAAGUACUACAUCAAGCACUCACCGUCAAUUCUUAGUCACGAUGUGGUCGCCGACUCACCUCUUGAUUACGAGGCCUCCCCUUACCAUGCUCAUUCACCAUACGCCCUGGAAUCUACUGUCCAUGACCAUAAGUUAAAAGGAGUGUCUUACUACAAACGAUAACGCACCACCACUACGCUCCGUCCUUGGUCAGUUGUAUAGCCAUCCAAUCAACUUCAUAGGCAAAGACACGACUUAUUUUAUAAUUUCUACACGGUUUUACGAUAUAUUUUUGUAAUAAUGCGCCAGCUCCCGUCGCCUUGUCCGGUCGAAGAUGAUCGAGGACGGAAUCACAAAUGAUGAUCCCCAUUAAUACCCUUAAUAAUCAGCUUGCUUGUCAUCGAUCAUUGGAUCUAAGACUUGAAAAGCGUACCUAUGCGUCGACAAAACGCCAGCGUUCUUUACAAGUUCUUCUUAAUUUAUUUUUAAUUUGUUAUACCGCAAAAUGCUGUAUAUAUUAUUACUGUAUUAUUAUAUUUAAAUCGUCGUCAAAACAAUGCAAUUAUUUAUUCUUUGUUUUAGCGUCAUAUCGAUAAUUUAUUACUCAAUAUUAUUAUUAUUUAUUUAUUUAAUUGUAUGAUUGCUAUUGAUUUCUGAAAAUUACAAUAAUCAGAAUGAAAUGUAUUCAUAAUGUUUACACAAAACUAGUCUUUAUAUAAUAUACAGUCAUAUUACCUAUUUAUUAUUUAUUAUUUAUUAUUUUAUACAUAAUUAUUUUUAAUAAUUAACAAUAAAUAUACCUAAUAUAAUAUUGUAUAGUUAUAUUGAUGAAAAAUUAAAUAAUGGUUAUCAAUUCAUACAAUUUAA